AUGUAUAUUUCAUCACUAUCUUCAUUUCCUAUCGCCUUGCACCUCUCACAACUAGCACCAAAACUUCUACGUGAUUUAGCCUCAUCUUCAUCGAAUAUUUGGUCCUCUACAGAAUCACUGCAGCUAUGGGAAACGUACGAAAACAUAGUAGUUUCAUGCUUACAGGCAGGAGACGAAGAUUCAGCAAACAUGUGUCUCCAAAAGCUUAGCAAGAGAUUUGGUCAAGAUAAUGAGCGAUUGAUGGCACUGACUGGGAUGUUCAAGGAAGCUGUUGCAAAAAAUGACGAAGAACUUAUGACAAUACUGGAUGAAUAUGACAAGAUCUUGAAUCAGAAUCCUGUCAACAUGCCAGUAAUGAAAAGACGAAUCGCACUCCUUAGGUCAAUUGGAAAACCAGUCGAAGCCAUCAACGCCUUGAUUAAGCUCCUAGAAUCAUCUCCUACUGAUGCAGAAGCCUGGGCUGAAUUAUCAGAUCUAUACGUGUUACUGGGAGUAUACAAAAAGGCCUUGUUCGCUCUUGAAGAGGUAUUACUUGUGACCCCAUUUGCUUGGAAUAUACACGCUCGUCUUGGUGAAAUUCUGUACAUGGUGGCACUUAUUGAUUCCGAUGAAGUAAAACUGCUCCAAGACUCGAUUGCAAGAUUUUGUAGAAGUAUCGAGCUCUGUGAUGACUAUCUCAGAGGCUACUAUGGGCUGAAACUAGUCACCGAUAAGCUGUUGAAUAUUUUGAUGGAAACUACAACAAGAUCCAGAGUCGGGGCACUCCAGCAGUCUGACCGGAAAAAAAUUGAGCGAUUAAAUGUUAUGGCCACGUCAAAACUCUCAGAUAUUAUUCGUACUGGUUCGAGUGAUGAAACUGGAAACCUAGGAUAUGAUGCGAUAGAGCUCAGCGCGGUCAAGAACCUUCUAUCUCAAGACUCUGACUCAUCGAUUAUUCGUUGA